UUUCCCCCGGGACACUCGCCCGCCUCCAACGCGUCCCGGAGCGGCUCCGGGCUACAUCGCAGCGUGGCUGUUGGUGGGCGCAGGUGGCGAGGCGUCCUGCGCGGCUGGCUCAGCAUGUGGUGCACGGGCCCGGCCGCAGUGGUGGCCUUUUGUGCCGGGCUUUGGGUCUCUAACCCGGGGCUGGCGCUGGGCCACGAGGCCGGGGAGAGGCCAGGGGCCGACUGUGAAGUAUGUAAAGAAUUCUUGAACCGAUUCUAUAACUCCUUAAUAGCCAGAGGAGUCAACUUUUCCCUAGACACCAUAGAAAAUGAAUUGGUCAGCUUUUGCUUGGAUGUCAAAGGAAAAGAAAACCGCCUGUGCUAUUACCUAGGAGCAACGAAGGAUGCAGCCACAAAGAUCCUCAGUGAGGUUGCUCGCCCAAUGAGUGUGCAUAUGCCUGCAAUAAAGAUUUGUGAGAAGCUCAAGAAGAUGGACAGCCAGAUAUGUGAGCUGAAAUAUGAAAAGAAACUGGACUUGGCAUCAGUGGACCUGUCAAAGAUGAGAGUAGCAGAGCUGAAACAGAUACUGCACAGCUGGGGAGAGGAGUGCAUAGCCUGUGCGGAAAAAACUGACUAUGUGAAUCUGAUCACUGAACUGGCACCCAAGUAUGCAGCAGCCCAUCCCAAAACAGAGCUCUGAUCCUCGGAUGUUGGUACACCAUUAAUGACAGAUACAGUGACUCUCCAGGAUAUGGACUUGUUGGUUAAGAGUAACCAGGAGUUGUGCUGUAUGUGGUCUCACAUUUUUUGUUUUGGUUAACACAACCAGCCAAGAAUUGGUUACUUGGAAUUACAGUGAAAACUGUUAAUAUUCGUGGUGUCUUAUAUUUCCAGUGUACCCAACCUAACAGUGCCUUUCUCAUAAUUUUUAUAAGGAUUAUAUAUCUUUCUUUGCCUGUUUCCUUAAAAUUGGGAAAGAUGAACUACUGAAAAAUGGAUGGAAUAAGUCAAUUCGAAAAAAGAAGACAGUGCUCAGAGGCCCCUCUCUGUGCACUGAUUUUUAAUUAAAUAUAUUGGUUUAAGACAAAAGAAACAGUGUUUAGCCUACCUAACACCCACCGUCAAUCCAACACAAUCACAUGACAUAAUCAAAGGUUUUAAAAAAUAAACUUUGUACUUUCAACUGCAAA